UAACACUGUGAUCAUUCAAACUAUAUAAGGAAAAAGAAUUUCGUGUCCUAACAGAAUACGAUUCCAAUCAACAACAAUUACAAUGCAUAUCCAAUAUUUGUUUGUGAUUUUCCUGAUAGGCAUGAACGUGGUUUAUUCACAAGGCCCAUUAGGUAAUGCAGUUUUGUCGGAACAAGAUAAAAAAGAUUUAAUACAACUUAAAAAGACUCCAGAAUUUCAAAAAGUCAAGACAAGAGUUAUGGGCAUAUUAGAAGAGAAAAUUGAUAAAUUUGUCCUGGAUCAAAUACGUCAAAAGUAGUAAAAUUUAUUCUUAAAUGAACUGCAACAUUCAUA